AUUGCCAAUUUCACCACCACCUCACCAAGUCUCUCCUCCUUCUCCACAUAUACCUCCCUCACCGCCACCGGAGACCUCACUUCACACAUCACCUCCUACCCAAUCUCAAAACCCACCGCAUACCCCACGUCCCACUCGUAAUCGACAUCCAAAUCCCAAAUAUUUUGGGAGUCCAUUUAUAAACCAAACCACCACUCACCCCAUAUUACCUACCUUAGAACCUUCGAGUGUGAAAGCUGCCUUAGCGGAUCCAAGGUGGCGUCUGGCGAUGGAAGAAGAAAUGAAUGCACUUAGACGGAAUAACACAUGGACAUUGGUUCCACGUACAACUCAAACACCUAUUACUUGCAAAUGGCUCUUUCGUAUAAAGAGGCAUGCAGACGGUAGUAUUGCCCGCUUCAAGGCACGCUUGGUUGCAAGAGGUUUUCUUCAACAAGCUGGACGUGACUAUGCAGAAACAUUUAGUCCGGUUACUAAACCGGCUACCAUUCGGGUUAUCUUGUCUAUAGCUCUAUCUCGUCAAUGGCCUCUACGUCAAUUGGACGUAAAUAAUGUGUUUCUCCAUGGCUCUCUCUCGGAGGAAGUUUAUAUGGUGCAGCCACCCGGAUUUCGAGAUCCCUCUCACCCCACGCAUGUGUGCCAUCUCCAAAAAGCCUUAUACGGUCUUAAACAGGCGCCUCGUGCGUGGUAUCUUGAAUUAUCUCAUUUUCUUAUUUCUGCAGGUUUUCGGCGGUCAAAGACAGAUGCUUCAUUAUUUAUAUUCUCUCACGAUAAUAUUCUACUUUAUUUUCUGGUCUACGUUGAUGAUAUAGUGAACACCGGAAAUCAUUCAGCUGCCCUGGAGAAAUUUAUUCAUCAACUCACGUGCCGGUUUUCUGUUAAAGAUCUUGGACUACUUCAUCACUUUCUUGGAGUUGAAACCAUUCCACACCCUGAUGGCCUGUUUCUUACUCAACGCCAAUACAUUUUACAUAUCCUUGAGGAGUAUCAUAUGGAUGGAGCUAAGGAGGCAGCCACGCCCAUGAGUUCCAGCUCACCUCCUCAACUUACUCAUGGCACAGACUCAGUGGACUUUACCAAAUAUCGGCGAGCUCUUGGCCUACUUCAAUAUUUGGCAUUCACAAGACCCGACAUCUCAUUUGUUGUCAAUCGCUUAUCUCAAUUCAUGCAUACCCCCAAGGAUGUACACUGGCAGGGAGUCAAACGUAAGAUACCUCAAAGGUACUUUGAAUUAUGGACUUUUUUUGAAACGUUCCUCACCACUUACACUCACUGCAUUCUCAGAUUCGGAUUGGGGGUAUCCAUGAUGGGGGGAAAUCUACCACAGCGUAUGUCUUGUAUCUUGGUACUAAUAUUAUUUCAUGGAAAUCUGUCAAGCAAAAAUCGGUGUCUCGUUCCUCUACGGAGGCCGAAUAUCGAGCCGUUGCUCAUGCUAGUACUGAGAUUCUAUGGAUUCGGAAUCUGCUCACUGAUUUGGGUAUCAAAUUGUCUCAUCCACCACACCUGUUGUGUGACAAUCAAGGAGCUACGUAUGUGUGUGUCAAUCCUGUAUUCCCUUCUCGCAUGAAGCAUGUCGCUGUUAGAAAAUAGAAGAGGUUGUUGGUUGUAUGAGUAGAAUAAGUGAUUUUAGUGAGGUGUAAUGUAGAUGAUGUGUUUUAGAGGAGAGCUCUUGUCUCUAGAAAAGUAGUAUUGUAUUGAUGUUUCUUGGUUUUGCUUGAUUUGAAAAUGAGUACAAUGAGUCCUAUUUAUAGGAGCUAGAGGAUCAUUCUAGAUCCUUAUUAAAUGCUAUGAUUCUAGAGUAUUCUACAUCUAUGUCUAAUUACUCUAGAUUUUACAUAAGAA